UAUGCAGUUGCUAACAACAAUAUAAAACUGCACCUCCGCAGUAAACUAUGUUUAAGUUAUUUCUAGUUUUUUAUUCACUAUAUAACCCUCUUAAUUUUGUUCAUUCCAUUGACUGUUUCAAAUGCAUAUCAAUAAAUAACGAUUUCAUACCAUGUGAGGACCCUUUUCACCACAAUUUUACUAAUGAUAUUUAUCAAUCACCUUGUAUGGGAGGUAAAAAAGGAAGGAACGGCCUAUUUCCUGCCACAUCCUGUAUAAAAAUUGCUGGAGUGUUCGAUGAUACUGAAGACACUAUUGUAAUUAGAGGGUGUGCUUUAGAUAGUGGUACAUUGACAACAGAUACUGAAAUUGUUAGAAUGUCUCAUUGUGGUAGCUUUUAUUACGAGAAUAGGUAUGUACGUGGAUGUGUUCAAAGUUGUGAUGAUGUUGAUGGGUGCAACAAUUCAAUUAAAGACAAAUGUAAUUCCAUCCAAAGUUUUCUAUUCAUGUUUUCCAUGCUGAAAGUACUGCCCAAUUUAUUUUAAAGGAAA